GGUGACAGCAGAUUAUUCCACUGUGACUUUUUUGGGAGCAGUAACGGGAUUUACACGACUUUUGAUUGGGGGGGGGGAAACCAGGAGGUACACUACGCCGACAGCUGUUUCCGAGAAAAUGUUUUUUUGUUUUUAUUUUUUAAUGACAACGUAAAAAAUACGACUUUAGUCUCAGUUUGGCAAAUACAAACGGUGUGGAGUCGGCCAAACAGCGUGAUGCAGGCAGAAAUUCGCGUCAGAUAGGUGUUUUAAGACAUUAUGUGUAUGUUUUGGAGGAAUAGUCCGCCUAUAUUUUACUGAAUAAGUUUAAAGUACAACUUCGAUAGAUAGAAAGGUCUGGGUAGACGGUGGAACAGCCUAAAACAUUAUUAUUAUUAUUAUUAUUAUUAUUAUGCUUUCAAAAACUAUCCUAACCCAUUAAAGUACAAUGCAACAAAAACUUCUGGUCACAACUUUCAAAAUAAAAGCAUUGUCGUCAAAUGAUUUUGGAUGGUUUUUGGAUUGUGAAGGAGAGUCCUUUCCAGUAUAUAUUCUUGUGAUACUUUUUUUUUUCAACUUUUUGAUAUAUUUUUGUAAUAGCUGUUUGUGUGGCUAUUAAGGUGACCUUUACUCUCACUCUUAUUUUGGAAACCAGCUUGCUCAUUUUCUGUCUUCCUGCUCUUUCCUGGGGGCUUUGUGCUUUCCUAUAAAACAGUCAGCAGAGUGUAGAGCAGCUAAACAAGUCGGAUGGGAACGCAUGCAGACAUGAGUCCUCUAUCCAAGGUUGUGAAAAAGGAAAAAAUUAAAACUGACUCCCACAAACUUGUCAGUGAUGAUGAUAAUGACCACAGACGUGCAGAUCAGCUGCUCCCCUGGAGGUUUAGCAGUGCUGACACUGGACCUGGAGAGACUUUUGUGGGGGCCAAGGUAGAGCCCCAAUUUGGGACUGGUGUCAAAGCUGGAUUUGAUACAGGGUUUGAUGCUGGAGAUGGCGUUACAUUUGGGACCAGCAGCAAAAGUGUUACAGUUGCAGACAUGAGAGGUCAGAUCCAAGAAAAUGGGACUGGGGUUGAAGGUGGAGUUGAGGCUGUGAGUGAAGUCGGGAAAACAGUCAGAGAUAUAUCCAGGGCUGGGGCUGGGAAAAAUAGGACCGGGAUACUACCCUAUGCUCUUCCCUGGAGCGCCCAUCCCAGAUCCAAAGACCGGAGGUACCGUAGCAGUCACAGACUGGUGCUCCACUACAUCAUCCCCAGCAUGAACUCCUAUGGCAUGUGCAUCAUUGACAACUUUCUUGGGAGCAAAACUGGAGACCGGGUUCUGCAAGAGGUCCAAGAGCUGCACCACUCCGGGAAGAUGCAGGACGGCAAGCUGGCCAGCAGAGGCCUGGACAACACUAGGAGUAUUCAUGGAGACCAGAUUGUUUGGGUGGAAGGAAAUGAGCCGGGGUGCGAGAACAUCGGCUACCUGCUGUCGAGGAUGGACAAACUGGUCACCUACGCCAAUGGGAAGUUGGGGAAGCACAACAUCAGAGGAAGGCACAAGGCUAUGGUGGCGUGUUACCCAGGAAAUGGGGCGGGUUAUGUCAAACACGUGGACAACCCCAACUGUGAUGGACGCUGCAUCACCUGCAUCUACUACCUCAACAAGAACUGGAAUGCCAAGGAGCAUGGCGGCAUCCUCAGGAUCUUUCCAGAAGGGAAGUCGUACGUGGCAGACAUCAAGCCACUUUUUGAUAGGCUGCUCUUCUUCUGGUCAGACCGCAGGAACCCACAUGAAGUGCAGCCUUCCUAUACCACCAGGUACGCCAUCACAGUUUGGUAUUUCGACUCUGAGGAGCGAGCUGAGGCCAAGAGACGCUUCAGAGACCUCACAGCAUCAAAGGCGCAGCAGGGCGGUAGCUCCAGCGGCUCCGGCUGAUCACGAGGGGGUGUCACCACCUAGUGUUCAACCUCCAAACCGCAGGAGAGGGCAGCAGGGUUCCUUCUGGUUGUCGAAGCUUCUGGAAAAACUGAAAGAAAAGUUGAAAAACAAACAAAAAAAAGUUUUCACCCUGUCCUGAUCUAAGGAGGGGCGUUUUUCUGACCUGCCUGCAUUUCUGCUGCUGCUCCUGCUGCUGCUAUAACCCGAGGCACUGUGGGCGACCUGCAGCUGUUCUGGACAUUCCCUGCUUUUUUCAUGAUGUUUGUGUAAUACGCAGCUGAUUUCGUCUGAGUGGAGAGAAAAAACUGUAGACUGUACUUUUUUGGGGGGGGGGGUAAAUUUUCUUUUAAACCCUCGCCUUCAGAUGAGAGAAGGAGGAGAGUUUGCCGACAGCUUUCGGGGUUUACAGAGAGACAUGAUGUUUUUAAACCACUGUGACGGAAGUUUCAUACUUAAAUGUGUGCUUAAGAAGGAGGAGCACAGGACUGUAGCUUAAACUACAGACGAAGAAGAAUUGUUUACCAGUAGAUGAUGCCUCGAUAUCCACCGACCAAUGAGAGCUGAACUUGAAAAAGAUGAAAAUACAUAUUUCAAAUUUGAGAUCUUAUUAGAAGAAACUUUUGAAAAAACUUUGUAUAUUUUAUUGUGAACAACCAAAAGGAAAAAAAGAGCUAGCUAGAAGCAACUCUAUAUUGAAAUACUGAGUCAUUAAGGGAGAUUUCUUUUUUUUUUUUCUUUUUUUUUAAACUCCAUUAGCAUUAAAUCAAUUAUUUAUUUUAAAUUCAACAGAUUUAUUAAAUCACUAAUAGUUUUAUUACCCUAGAACUUACAUAUAAAUGUUUCCACUCAAUAUACAGUGCAUCGCUGGAGUGCCAAUUUUGGGAAGAGCACUUUGCCGUGAUGAUAUGAAACGUUUGUGGAAAAUAGCUGUGUCAUCUAAUCCAGAAAAGUAAAACAAAUAGUUUAAUUGGUUACUUUUCCAAACAGCUAUUCCUUGUAGCUUCAACCAAUUCCAAUUGGAAACUAGCGUGUGCUACAAAUCACCUUCUAGUAAAUGGUUUUGUAGGUUCAGCUAAGCUGCUGGCCUUGGACAAAAUACUCUUAAAGGGGACCCAUUCUGCUCAUUCUCACUCCGUAUUUUUAUUCUUGAACUCUUAAAUGAGCAACGUUGUACGAUUCACAGUUCAAAAUAAUGCCUACUUACCGUAUCCUGCUUAGUUCAUGAAAAUGAUUUCCUUCCUUGAUAUAGUGAAUAACAUAAAAUAUGUUAGUGUGAUAGAAAAGAAGGAAAAGCAAAAAGGUCCCCUUUAAGGUCAAGUUUGCAAUUAAUGGGAAUGAAUUGUUCAUUGAAGUUUACCAUAUGAUCUCUUAUAUUGCACUACCUUCCAUCAUCAUAUGUGAAAGGUUUUACUUUCCAACACAAUUCUACUGAGAUUUGAUAAAUGAUGUAUUUUUUAUAGUAAAAUGUGUUAAAUAUCCACAAUUGCAGAUUUUUUUUCACACCCUUCUCGGAAUGUUUCUGUGUAUUAGUGAACUUUGUUGGCUGAGAAAUAGGAAAAGCUUUCACUUUAAGUGUGAUUCACAAAUAGUCUUCCGUAAAUUAUUUUGACAAAACGCUCCAUUUUCUCCGGUCCCCGUGAGUUCGGUCCCUGAAUCGAAAAACGGAUGUCUGUGUCUGGUGCACGCGCUGUCCUCUGCUGACGGAGAAGGACGAUGAGGAGACGGAUUCCACUGAUACAGCAGAUUUGACGGGGAGCGUGUGAAGCGGCUGUCAAAGAGACUGUACAUAUGAGAGGAUGAAUAAUUGAUGUUCCGUUCAAACAGCCCUUCUGAGACGUUAUUGAGCUCGAGUCGCUGUCCUGAAACAAUAACGCUCACCGCCAACUUACAGCACCUUUAAAACUGAUCUGUCAUCUUCACUGCAGCCGGAGUGGGACAACCCCCCCACUCUUGGGCUCUCUGCUGGUAUUACUGCAUUGUUUGGUGGAAGAGUUAAGUGUUGUACACAAUCUGAAUGUUCUGUAAAGUGUCACAUGAUAUUUACAAAUUGUGUUGAAUACAAUUUCGGUUAAAAAAAAAAAAAAAAA